UUAAACACACACACGUAUUGUCAAUAUAUAUAUUUAUAAAUAAAUAAAAAUUAUUCAAUUGCAAAAUGGCAAAAGACAAAAAUUAUAUUGUCAAGGGCCCAAAGAGAGAAAUGAACACACGGAACUCAACACCAGUGUGAACGCAACGCGGCACUUUUCCCAUGUAACGAGAGAGAAUCAUAGAGAGAGAGACAGAAAAAAAAAGAGAGAAAAUGAAAACUUUAUUCACGAUUUAUAUGAGGAGAGGAAAAAAAAUUAAAAAAAAUGAAUGAAUUUCCAGGAAUUAAUAAGGGAUGAAAUUUGUUGGUAUUUAAUUGGAAGGGAGACGUAAUGAUUGAGGGGGAGUAUUGGGGGUUGUUUAGGAAUAAAAAAGAAGGGGGUAGGCGAAUGAAUGAAUAUUGGGGGAGGGUGAAUAUUAUUAUUAUUAUUAUUAUGUACUUGUUGAUGAUGAUGAUGAUGAUGAAAAUAUAAUUGUUGAGGUAUUUAAAUGUUCACGUCACAAUGAUGAUGAUGAUGAUGAUGAUUAUAUAUUUUAUAAUUUAGGAUAUAUAAAAAAAAUAAUAUUCAACAACUGUUUAGAGAGAUAUACUUAAUGUGCUUAAUGUAAUUGUGACGCGCCCGUUUGUAUAACCAAUGGCGGAUAUUGUCACGACCCUUAUAUGCCGUAUUAUUGCUUAGCUACAUUUUACACACUUUUACUACAUUAAUCAAAAUGGCUGCCCUACGAAAUAUUGGACGUUUUGUGCUUUCAACUAAAAAUUAUAAUUCUUGUAAAUUUAUUGAUAAUGACAUUAGCCAAUUUGGUAUUAAUCAAGUUGUUAAAAGAUGGGCACGUUUUGAGAAUUCACCAAUGGUCCAGGAAAAUAUUGAUUACACAGAUUUUGAAGUUAUAAAAGAUCCAAAAAGUUGGUCAUACGUUGAGAGAUGUAUGAAAUCAAAAUAUAUACCAGAACCACCUAAAAAUGCAUUUGAUGGUUUACCAUCUGGCUGGAGAGCACAAAAUCCUGAGUCGAGAAACAAUGCUUAUUUUAUUGAACGAUCAAAGAAUCAUCAACUUGCUGUUUAUUUAAAAAGACGUGAUCGUGGAUUGAGAAGACUAACAACAGUUCGUAAAAUUCAAGGUGAUAUUGUUGCACUUGAGGCAGAAUUACGUGAACAUCUUGAAAAAAUAACUGGUGAUAAAAUUGGAUCUCAAAUUCUUGAACCACAUGGAGUAAUACAUUUUCGUGGUGAUUAUGUUACAAAAGUACGUCAAUGGCUAGAGUCCAAAGGAUUUUAA